AUGGAGAAAAUCAGUCCCGCGGCCUUUAAUGUGUUUGAUGAAGCACGUUUACUGGGUGAACACACUGACUUGAUCGUCAGGGCAAAUGACAGAGAAUUUCGAGUGCACAAGAUCAUCUUGUGUGGCUGCAGUCCUUACUUUAGGGUUCUUUUCUCCACCAGUUGGACGAGAACCACACAAAAUGUUCUUGACAUUCCAGGAAUGUCCCAAAACGUCUUGUCUCUUAUUAUACAGUACGCAUACACAGGACGUGUCUUCAUUACAGAAGAGAACGUGUCGGAGCUCUUAGUGGCGGCCGAUCAGUUCUUAAUCUCAGGUCUGGUAGAGGCCUGCUGUCAGUUCCUGGAGUCGCGCUUGCGUCCGGAGAACUGCAUUGGCGUCUGCGUGUUUGCAAAGGAUUUCCACUCCUGCUCCAAGCUCCGUCGCAAAGCACAGCUCUACAUCCUGCGGCACUUUGAGGAGGUUCUGAAAGCGUCUGAGGAGUUCCCGGAGCUCUCACUGGAACAGCUCGAGGAGAUCAUUGAGAAAGACGAGCUGAACGUCAAACAGGAGGAGGUGGUUUUUGAAGCGGUGCUCCGAUGGAUUUCUUACGCACCUGAAAGCAGGAGGAAAGACAUCGCCACGCUUCUGCCGAAGGUUCGAUUGGGAUUGUUGAAGUUAGGCUACUUCAUCGGUAAAGUAAAGAGCAAUCCACUGGUGAUGGAGAAUGAAGCCUGCGUGCCUCUUAUCAUCAAUGCAAUGAAGGCUUUGUUUGAAUAUGACGUGGAUUUACGUGAACCCAUCGGCUCGGAGCUCAUGCGUCAACUGAAACGCCCGCGUCUGCCCUCUGCGAUCCUAUUGGCCAUCGGAGGAUGGAGCAAUGGCAAUCCCUCCAAUGCGAUCGAGGCGUAUAACGCAAAUGCGGACCGCUGGGUCAAUGUGACUCUUGAGCGCGAGCGUCCCAGAGCCUAUCAAGGCACAGCUGUCCUGGAUGAGUUUGUCUACUGUGUUGGUGGCUAUGACAGCGUAGAGUACUUUAACAGCGUGAGGAAACUCAAUCUCAUCACUCAAACUUGGCAUGAGGUGGCUCCCAUGUAUGAGCGUCGCUGCUACGUUAGUGUUGCUGUUCUGGAUGGGAUCAUUUACGCCGUCGGUGGCUUUGAUGGACAAGGACGGCUCAAAUCGGCAGAACGCUAUGAUCCUGACACCAACCAGUGGACACUGAUGGCGUCCAUGAAUGAAAGGAGGAGCGACGCCAGCGCCACCUCACUGCAGGGCAGGGUUUAUAUCUGUGGAGGUUUUACCGGGACAGACUGUCUCUUCUCGGCUGAAAGCUAUAACCCCGACACAAACCAGUGGACUCUCCUCGCUCCCAUGAGCAGCCGGCGCAGUGGUGUUGGUGUGGUCGCUCACAGGGACCUAGUUUAUGCUGUUGGUGGUUUCGAUGGUGCCAGUCGUUUGCGGACUGCAGAAAUCUACAACCCACAGACUAACGUUUGGUGUGAUAUUGCAUCCAUGUACAAUCCACGGAGCAACUUUGGCAUUGAGGUGGUGGAUGAUCAGUUGUUUGCUGUCGGAGGGUUUAAUGGAUUCAGCACAACGUCUGAUGCAGAGUUCUACGACGAGAAGUUAAAUGAAUGGUUUAAUGUCAAAGAAAUGGGCCUUCUGCGCAGCGCCCUGAGCUGCUGCGUGAUAUCAGGAUUACCUAACAUGGCUCAGUAUGCUGCCCAGUGA